AUGUCUGGCUUGCCCGAGGUAGAUACUGCCCUCAAUCAACUGCAAUUUGAGCAAGGCUCUCUUCUUGACAAGAUAGACGAGCUUCGGGCAAUUGGAGUCGGUGGACUUGUUGGAUUGCCGCAGCUCAUAGUCUGCGGUAAUCAAUCCAGCGGUAAAAGCUCUGUUCUUCAGGCCAUUUCUCGCGUGCGUUUCCCAGUGAAGAGCAAUGUCUGCACUCGAUUCCCAACAGAAGUCAUCCUCCGUCGCCACCCAGAGUCCCGAUUCAAAGUGUCCAUCGAGCCUGGGUCAUCUCGGACAAGUGAAGAAGCUCGUCAGGCGAUUCAAACAUUUGCACCAGCCGGGGUCACUAAUAGUGAUCAGUUGGAGUCCCUGAUUGAGAAGGCCAAAGAAUGUAUGGGAAUAACCGACGAAGGAUUUAGCGAUGACAUUUUGAAAGUGGAAAUACUGGGACCUGAUCAGCCCGAAUUAACACUCGUCGAUCUUCUAGGUCUCUACAUAUCUCAUAGCACAUCUCAGGAUGAGAAAGGAAUUGAGAUUGUUCAUGACAUCACCAAACGUUAUAUGAGUAAUCAACGCAGUAUCAUUCUGGCUGUAGUUUCGGCGAAGAAUGACUAUCAUAUCCAGAGAGUGUUGGCCAGCUUCAAUGGAAACGAGAGCAAAAGAUAUUUUUACAGGUCCACCUGCUCUUCUAGGUCCGAAGAAUGA